UAAGGACCUGCCCGUGUGAGGCACUCCUCAUCACAAGGCCAUUGCCAAGGGACUACCGGUCCGGAAGCUGCCAGUCCACAAUAUGCAGGAAACCCUAGAGACAUCGACCUUGUUGUUGGUCCCCAGCCGAUCCUCAAUCUCCGUGCAGGACAAGUUCUCCACUGCAGGCCAGACUUCGAGUGCAGGCCCCCAGCCCUCAAAGCCCUCAAUCAUCCCACCCCCUAGCAAGUCCAAGGGCUGGAAUUCUGGGACCAAAGUACGUCGGAUGCGCCGGAUUAUAGCCGAGGAUCCCGAGUGGUCCCUGGCCACCAUUCCCCUCCUCACAGAGCUCUGCAUUCAGCACAUCGUCAAGAACUUCCACAACAACCCUAUCCUGAAGCAGCUGCUUCCAGAGCACCAGCAGAAGGUGCUGAACCACUUGUCACCCGACCUGCCGCUGGCAGUGACCGCCAACCUGAUCGACGACGAGAACUACUGGCGCCGCUGCUGCGAGCAGCGCUGGCCCGUGUGCCACGUGGCCAGGCACGGCUGCAGCUGGAAGCGCCUGUUCUUCGAGCGGCACCUGGAGAACCUGAUCAAACAGUUCAUCCCGAGCACCACGGACCCUGCCGUGAUCCUCGACCUGCUGCCGCUCUGCGGAAACUACGUGCGCGGGCUGCGCGUGGACCAGUUCCUUCCCCCGGUGCGGCUCCCGCCCCAACCCCGGAGCGGGGAGCUGUCCGACUCCGGCAGCGAGGUGGAGAUGGAGGAGCCCGCCACGGACCACUACCAGCUGUGUGACUUGGUGGCUGGCCUGAGCCACCUGGAGGAGCUGGACCUGGUGUACGGGGUCAAGGACUGUGGCAUGAACUUUGAGUGGAACCUCUUCCUCUUCACCUACCGGGACUGCCACUCGCUGGCGGCCACCAUCAAGGCAUGCCACACCCUCAAGAUCUUCAGGCUGACCCGAAGCAAGGUGAACGAUGACAAGGCCCGCAUCCUAAUUCGUAGCCUCCUAGAUCACCCUGCCCUUGAGGAGCUGGACCUAUCGCACAACCUCAUCGGUGACCGGGGUGCACGUGCUGCAGCCAAGCUGCUGAGCCACAGCCACUUACGCGUGCUCAACAUGGCCAACAACCAGGUGCGGGCACCUGGUGCCCAGUCUCUGGCUCACGCCCUAGCACACAACACCAGCCUCAUUUCCCUCAACCUGCGCCUCAACUGCAUCGAGGAUGAGGGCGGCCAGGCACUUGCCCAUGCCUUGCAGACCAACAGGUGCCUCACCACCCUGCACCUCGGGGGCAAUGAACUGUCUGAGCCCACCGCCACGCUGCUGUCCCAGGUGCUUGCCGUCAACACCACGCUCACCAGCAUCAACCUCUCCUGCAACCACAUUGGGCUGGAUGGCGGGAAGCAGCUCCUGGAAGGCAUGUUAGAAAACAAGACCCUCCUGGAGUUUGACCUGCGCCUGUCAGAUGUAGCCCAGGAGAGCGAGUACCUCAUUGGCCAGGCCCUCUGUGCCAACCGGGAAGCUGCCCGCCAGCGGACCUUGAAUCCUGGCCACUUCAUGUCCCCAAUCAUUGCCAAGGGCCCUGAGAACCCUGCGGGAUAAGGUGGGGGACAGGGCUGGGGCAGUGAUGGGACCUGGGCCACUGCCCUAGCCCCCUCCUCAUUUCAUGCUCGGUCAUGCCUGCUGUAGAGUGACACAUUAGAAGGGAGAGACCACAGAUACCCUUGGGGAGAGUGAUCAAGGGUGAUGUGGGAAAAGUCCUGAAGGGGGGAGGGGACUGGGAUAGGGGGAGAGAGGGGUAUGAAGUGGGACCCAUCCUCUGUACCCUGGAAGAGGAUAUUACCAGAACCCCUGAAAUGACUGACUUCUUCCAGGGUUAGGGGAGACAGAGAAGAUUCUGAAAGCCUGUGCCAGCCCAGACUCUCCCAUGGAAAUUGUCCAUCUCCCUUACCUACUCUGACCCCUUUCCCCUGACCAUUUUCCUCUCUACUAAAUAGGUGCUGGACUUCUUUACCUUUAAACAUGUGCGUGCCUGCACACGUGGGCACACGCACACCCUCAGUCUCUCUCUCCCUGGGCUACUGCAAGGCUUUGCCUGGCUCUUCUACCCUCACCCCUGUCAACGCUACCUUGCUGUUCCUUGACUCACUGACUCUGCUAAAGUGAUCCGUUCUACAGGCCAUUCCAUCCCCUAAUUCUCACCCCACCCCACUCCCCACAACCCAGCAAGGGGGAAACAGAGGUGACAGGAGGGAUUCAGACCACUGCCCCCACCAGGGAGCUUCCGCUGGGAGUAGAGCAUGGGGGAGGUGCCACACUGGGGAGGAAAGUCAGUGAGUCAUCUGCAACUUUAUUAUCCACCAGUUUGAUUUGUACAAUCUUUGCGCUUGGAAAUCCAUGACAGAAAGGCCACAGUGUGAUGCACCCAAAUGACAGAGACCUGUCUUCUCCCCAGCCAGGCCCAGCCCACCCCACAAGCCCUUGUCCUCAGCACAUAUGGAGCCUUCCAGUGGCCCUCCAAGAGUCCCCAUGGUUCUGUGGCUGCCCACAGAAGUCACAUCAGCCCCCAGGGCCACAGGAGGACCUGACAGAUUCAGGCUGAGCCCCAUCUCCCCUCCUCCUCCCGCUGAGAGGUCCAGAGCCUCCAGACCUGUGGUCUUUCCACAGGAUGGGUCAUGGGCUGCAGCCACAGCCCAGGGGUGCCUGCUCCCCAGGGACUCCUUCCAACAAGCAGGCGCCAUGCAGAGCACCAAAGGGGACCUGGGAGCCACUGCACUUGUGUGCCUGUCUGGGCAACCUAGAGUCUGUCUGUGCCUGACACCCUCUGACAGUUCUGGAGUGCAAACGUGUAGAUGUGAGGGUGUGUGUGAGUGACUGUGUGUGUGUGUGCGUGUGUGUGUACAUAGCCACAGCUGCUAGCAGAAGUUCUAAUUAGAGAAACAAGAACAUUCAGUGUAAAGUUUAAUUUUAGAGAUUAAUUAAUUUUCUGGUUUUCGUUUUCCCUGGCAAUCAAUAAAGCUACCAAGAAAAUAGACCAAAGAAUCAGUUUCUCUCUCAGUCUGUGCGUGUGUGGAAGGUGAGGCUGUCUGUGUAAGAAGACCUAGGCAGAAAUGGUCAAUACAGGCAAAAAUAA